AUGCACGAAGCGGACGCAAUCAUGGACGGCUGGCGCAAGAGAUAUGUAUCGUCUGCAGCGUCUCGACCUGAGCUUGCCACCAUAGAUAGCUUCUCAGACGACUCUGAUAGUUCAGCUGGUUUACGCAUCUCUUCAGAGGAUUUUCCAAUGCCAGCCUACGACACUCAUACCGAGGUGACCAUGGAUCAUCUCUGCGGUGAGACCAUCAUUCGACGAGAGCAGGCUCCGUGGGCAGCCCAGCUCAGCCAGGCAAAUCUCGAUCAGGUCAGCAACACAGACAAGCAGAGUACUCGCAGCGUCAUCAAAAGCUUGCUUACCAGGAGCUCUCUUGAUUCCUCUAGCACCUCUGACGAUGGUUGCGCUCCAGUCGAGUUCAUCUUGCCCUCGUCAAAGGCAGCUAUCAAGACCAAGCGACCCUCCCUGCUAGCCCGAACAAAGUCAAUCCUUCUCAAAUCUGCUGCAAACGAACGUCGAUACAAAGGCAAGCGAGUGAGCUUCUCUUCGGACAGCAAGCCACCCUCGCUCGUUACCGAUUCGUCUUCGAACUCAUCCGAGGAUUCGUACGAGAGCUCCUACGACGAUCACACGCCGCCCAGCCCAGAAGUUGCUCGCCUCUGUGCCAAAUUUGACGCAUUCACGGCGGCAGAAGAAGCUCGUAUGCACGAUGUGCUCGUGAGACGCAUCCUGACACCACCAGCCUACAAGACCGCUUUUGUUCGCGAUUAG